AAUUGGUUUGUUAACUGUGUUAGGUACCGAGCGUAGUUCUUGAACUGCAUAUAAGAUAAUAUCUACCAAUUUCAUUCAUUUCAUUACGUAGUCAGGUACAGAGUCCUGACAUUCAAUUCUUUGUGCAGAAGAUUUUUUAGUUUUUUGAAGACCAUGUCGAAGAAUAUUUUAAAAGUGUGUAAUGGAUUUAAAAAUGUACGAAGUUAUUCAUCAUUGAAGGAAAUGCCGAUUUGUGAAUUCAAACCUGUUAAAUACGAGGGUCCUUCAUAUGAGCAACUCCAAAAUAUACGCCAAACAAAACUGAAUCCAGCAUUAACAACUUUUUACAGUAAACCUCUUGCUUUAAACCAAGGUUAUAAGCAAUGGUUAUUUGAUAUUAAUGGAAAACGAUAUUUAGAUCUCUUCGGUGGAAUAUGUACAGUUUCCGUAGGACAUUGUCAUCCAAAAGUUAACGAAGCUACUAUAAAACAAUUAGAAACCUUAACGCAUGUCUCGAACAUUUAUUACCAUCCAAAGCUUCAUGAAUACGCUUCAAGAUUAGCUGAUAAAAUGCCGGGAAAUUUAAAAGUGGUUUAUUUCGUUAACAGUGGAUCAGAAGCAAACGAUUUGGCAAUGCUAAUGGCAAGAGUUUAUACUAAUAAUUUUGAAAUUUUAUCUUUGAUGAAUGCUUAUCAUGGAAUGAGUCCACAAACGAUGGGAUUAACAUCAAUGCCUUCUUAUAGAUAUUCAAUUCCUCAACCACCAGGAAUUCAUCAUGUGAUGAAUCCUGAUGUUUAUACAGGUCUUUGGGGUGGAUCACAUUGCAGAGAUAGCCCCGUUCAAACAAAAAGAACCUGUGAUUGCUCCCCAAACGAAUGCAAAGCUGGAGAUAAUUAUUUACAACAACUAUCGCAAUUUUUCACAUACAAUUUAGCAAGUGGUCAUGUUGCUGCUAUGUUUGCCGAGUCAAUCCAAGGAUUGGGCGGUGUUGUUCAAUUUCCUAAAAAUUAUAUUAAAGGGGCUUAUAAAUUGGUUAAAGAAUAUGGCGGUCUUUUUGUUUCCGAUGAAGUCCAAGCUGGAUUUGGACGAACCGGAGAUCAUUUCUGGGGUUUUGAAGCUCACGGAAUUACUCCGGAUAUCGUAACAAUGGCUAAAGGAAUUGGAAAUGGUUAUCCAUUAGCCGCUGUUGUUACUACGCCGGAUAUAGCGAAAGCUUUAACCAAAUCAGGACAUUUUAACACUUUUGGCGGAAAUCCUGUUGCUUCAGCUGUUGGAAUUGCAGUUUUAGAUGUAAUUGAAGAAGAAAAAUUACAAGAAAAUUCUAAAAAAGUUGGAACUUACUUCUUAUUAGAACUUGAAAAAUUAUCAGAGAAAUACCCAGUAAUUGGUGAUGUUAGAGGAAAAGGAUUAAUGAUUGGAGUUGAAUUGGUUAAUCCUGGAACUAAAGAACCUUUAGAUCGGAAAAAAUCUUUACAAGUUUUGGAUGAAUCUCUUAAUAUGGGAGUUAUUCUUGGGAAAGGGGGUAUUUAUGGAAAUGUUUUAAGAAUAAAACCACCGAUGUGUGUUACUAAAGAAGACGUCGAUUUUUCGUUAUCAGUUUUAGAAGAAGUUUUCAAAAAAAUUUCCCAGUAAAUUUUUCUUCUCCUUUCACAUAUAUUUUUUUUCAACAUUUUCCUUCAUUUUGUACACACCAUUCAGGUGCAACGGGUUCAGCUCCGAUUUGAUUUGCAACCAACCUUUCUCGAUGCAAAUAAAAUCGAUGUUCCACAUCUUUACUACGAUCUCUUUUAGAAUUAGUCCAUAAUCUUUCAGCAACAGCGGCAGCUCUUGGCCAAAUCUUCGUUUCUAUAUUAAUAUCAUCUACGUAUUCUCCCCACAAACAAACCUAAAAAUUAAAAAGAAAUAGAUUUUUAUUAAGAUUGUUCUUGAUUUUGUAAAAAAAUUGUGCGUUACCUCACCGCCUAAAACGUUUUUGUGUUUUGGUAACUUAUUCGCAAAGAUUUGUCUCCAUGUGGAAUAUCUUGUUUUUGAUCUAAUUCCGUGAUCUAAAUACCAAUAGUUUUUGGGGGAGAUGAUAACUUCAAAUCCACUUUUAAGUAAGUAAUUUGGUAAUUUUGAACCUUUUGGAACCCAAGUUUGAAUUAUGUACCUUUUGAAUAAUAAAUACAUUUAAAAUUA